AUGAGAGUGAACGUGAUACUGGUUUUUGUGGCCCUUGUCCUAGGGCUCGUUGAUGCGGCUAGAAGGAGAGACAGACUUAGGACGAGUCCUACCACAACAACGCCGUCGCUCAUCGAUAGACAGUUCGCCUUCGCUGGACAACCUGAAGAACUAGAAUUGUCCCUGUGGAAUAACUUCGACAGCCAUAAAUUGAAUGUUCGCGCGGGGACCUGGAAGAACGACACAUCGGGAAACAACAGAAUCGUUCUCAAUAGCGUCAGGCAAUACCCAGGAUUUCCAAGCAAUCCGGGCGACACGAACGAGCUACCGAAUCCCAUUUCACCACCGGUGCAACCGGCACCACCGCCAUAUAAACCCCCGCCGGGCUGUCUGGGACCGCGGGGCCAGUACUCGAGCCCGAAGAACUGCGCCAACUAUUUAAAUUGCUGGGAUGACGUGGUGAUCGAGCAGACCUGUCCGGCCGGGCUACUCUUCAACGACGUCGCCGGUUACUGUGACUUCGCGUACAACGUCAAGUGCGGUGAUCGACCGCCCGCUACGCCGAAACCAGCAUUGCCGGCGGGAUCGAAGCUAUGCCCGGACCCGAACGGACGUUACAGAAGCUCGACCAACUGUUCGGAAUUCUACGUGUGUGCCGCGGGCAAACCGAUCAAAUUUUAUUGCCCUCUCGGUCUGGUCUACAGUGACAUAUUAAACGUCUGCGACUAUCAACGCAAUGUGGACUGCAAAGGCGCAGCCACGCCGAGACCACUGAGGCCUACACAACCGCCGACUCAAUCUCCGCAGUCGUCUUCUACCUAUGCCCCGAUCAACCCGCCCACUCCUUCCAAGCCACCGAUUUAUCCUCCGCAACCACCGACUUACCAGCCACAACAACCGACUUAUGCGCCACAACCAACCUAUUCCCCUAAACCACCGAGCUAUCAACCUCAACAACCGACCUACCAGCCUCAACAACCGACUUACCAGCCUCAACCACCGACUUAUCAGCCUCAACCACCGACUUAUCAGCCUCAACCACCGACUUACCAGCCUCAACAACCGACUUAUGCGCCGCAACCAACCUAUUCCCCUAAACCACCGAGCUAUCAACCGCAACCUUCUUAUCCAUCACCGCCCGUUUCGUACCCUGGAAAUCCUUGGCUGAACAAGGGCAAGUCCGAUCCCUGGCAUCAGCGAAACCUGGCGACCGAAUUGGAAAUCGACAAAGAGAUACAGAAACAAGACAUAUCAACUGAUAGUCCAGCAUUAGGUGAUCAGCCUACGCAGCAUGACGUGAUGGAAACUUCCAGUUUGGCGAAUCCAUGGACCCUGCACCAAGAGAUACCGUCCGAGCUACUGAGAAUAUGUAAUAACGGCGAGGUGUAUAAGCUUAAUGACUUUUGUACUAAGGUGAUAGUUUGUAAGAGCAACAAGCCUGAAGUGGUAGAUUGUCCAUCGGGACUCUCGUACGAUGUAUCAUCAGACUCUUGUAAGCCUUUCAACAUUGCAGUAUGCAAUCUCGAGUCUCCAACACCAUCCAUUUUGCCCUAA